AUGCAGCACCUCAACGGCUUGGUUGCAACCGUCCGAGAACAUCGCCGGUACGGCCAUCCAUGCUUUGUUCCAAAGCCAGAGUCUGGAGACACCAGGCUCAGACUUUGUGUGAGGUGGGAAAAUCCAAAUGAGGAGAAUUCCACGGGAGCACUGCUUCUUGAGCCGCGCUUUCUUUCUCUCUGCGUAAGGGACCUUCAGGGCACGCCUCCAGCCCAGACCAGCAGCCUUUCUGUGCCAAAGACACUUCUCACCUCGAAGCGAUGCUGUCAGCCUGGGCUUCCUCCCUCUGUGAAGCCCCACUCCGUCGAGUCGUCUGCGCUACAAGCAGUGGAUGAAGUUGAGCCGACAGCCAACAGCUCGUCCAAGGUAGAAGGGCCCAUCAUGCCGAUUCCUUCGUGCACGGGCGGAUUUCUUGGCAUGCUGUCUUGGCUUGUGGGGGCGCAUACUCGACAUGUGGAGGAAGAGUUUCCAACAGUCAUUCGCUUGUCAUCCGUUUUGGCAGCUGCUGAUCCCCUACCCCGUGAGCAGCUAUCCUGGCUGCUGCCAAUAGCAGAGAUGAGCGCUGCUGAUGAAGCAGACCCCGAACUUGUCUCUGAAUGCACCGACAGAGUUGAGAGAAUUCAACCCAGCUGCGGUGAUGUUCCGGAGCCAGGUGAUCUCGUCAUCUUGGAGUGCGCUCAUUCAGCGAAAUUUAACAUGUGCCCAGCCGUCGUCACAGGCGUUGAGGCGCCAAGCUGUACAGUCGCCGUCCUGGACGACUCGCGAUCUGUCUUCAUUGGGGAGUGCCGAGUGAACUUAUGGGAGACCCUCCCGGUACACUCUGAGUGGCGGCUGGGUACACACGUCGUACUUGGCGGUCUGCAGAGCAGCCAUAUGACCCAUCUCAAUGGCUUGUCCGCUGUCAUUUGUCCUCACAAACGCCAUGGACAUCCUUGUUUCGUGCAGAAGCCCAGUGCACCAAACACCGGCAAUUGGCUAACACUUUGCAUUCGUUUUGACAACCCGGAGAAGUCCUCAAUGCACGCGGUUCUUCUGGAGCCUCGCUUCUUGUCGCCCUUGGAAAACAAAUCUUUGCCGUCCCCAAGGAUAACCGAGUGCUACACGCCUUCAAGGCCCGGCACGCCAAGUCUCCAAAAGUCUACAUCAGGGGCGGUCUACGCAAGACAGAGCUCUCUGACGUCGCAAGGUUCAUAUCAGAAACAGGUCUCAGGCAUCUCGCAAGGCAGCCAUGGGAGGCGUCCGGUGCAAAAGUCCAGAAGCCUUCAAAGUCACCCAAAAGACCCCAGACUUCAAAAGCAGCCAACGAUUCCAUCACGGAGCCAGUCCUCGUCAACCGCGACAAGCAGUAUCAUGAGACAAGUUUCGUCACCAUCUGCAACUUCAGGCGAGUCCAGGCUUAGCUUACGAGAGAGGAUGCCAGAGCCAGAGCUCAUAAAGGAAAUCCGUGAGCUCAAGGAGUCUUUGAAGACCAUGACGAAGGAAAGCGCAAGUUCCUAA